AUGUUUCGGUUUUCAUGCUUUCAUUCUCCCACUCAUGCUCAGAAACCCAAGAAAACGGUUCAAUUGCCUACGGAAGCAAUGCAAAAAACAUUGGAAGAUUACCAUGUAAAGCAACCCAAGAAAGAUCCUGUCUCUUUAAAAGAAUCUCCCGAAGGCAAAAAUGCUACUUCAUCUCCCUCUUCCAUGGUUCAAGAUUGGAAAUCCGAAGGACUUAAAAGCACAAAUGACAACUACAGUGAAGAUGGACACCAAAUAAAAACAAUGAGGAAGAGUGUGUCUCUAGGAACCGGCCUAGCACACUAUCAAGACAUGCCACCUGGCGAUGAGUCAUCAUCUUCUCAUAACAAUCAUAGUGAUUCCGGAGGUCAAAAUGACGAAAAAGAAGAGUAUCAUAAUGCUCAGGCUUCAAUUUCUCCUCAGAUAAGUUCAAAUUUGGUUAACCACACAUCGGAACUUUCGCCGGAAAAUUCCGAGAUUCGGUUUUCCGGCGAAGGUACCGCCGGUUCUGGCAGCCAGACACCACCGUGUACUACUCCACAUGCUAUUGUGAAAUCAAAUUCAUUGCCAUAUUUGCAUUCGGAUCACUCAAAUGUUGUUCAUCAAUCUCAAUCUUCUGAGGACUUGAAGGCAUUCGAUUCAAGACCAGAUAAUUCCGAUAACAAUUCCGGCGAAAUCUCGCCGGAAAAUGACAGUGAAGGUCAUGAUGAUAAAAUUGAUGGCGAUGAUGGUUAUGACUAUGUGGAUUCUGCAAAAGACUGGAUUGUCCCUGCGGUGGAUGAACUAGGGAAGGGUAAAAGCGUCCAAGAAGAUUAUUCAGAUUGUCGGUGGGAGGAAUUGCCUAAUGAGGAUUUCAAGAUUAAACGUAUUGAGAAAUGGGUUUUGGAUCUUCAACAUUGUUCUUCUUUGGAAGAAACAAAUGUUGUUUCCGACAUUAUUGAUCAACAUGGGCAAAAUGGUAAAAGUGUCGUCUUGGAUCCCAUGGCAGCUUCGAAAAAUGACGCAAAAGCCCUUUUGGGUAUGGAUGCUGCUAAGAGAUAUAUUUCUAGUUUGGGUGCUUCGGCCACAUCAGCACAGCUUUCAAACCAUGGAUUAGUUGUUAUCCCUUUUCUCAGUGCUUUCACAAGCCUUCGCGCGCUUAAUUUGUCAGGAAAUUCAAUAGUGAGGAUAACUUCAGGUGCACUUCCUCGUGGACUCCAUAUUUUAAAUAUUUCAAAGAACAGUAUUUCCACCAUUGAAGGUCUUCGAGAACUCACUAGACUACGUGUACUUGAUCUUAGCUACAAUCGUAUUCUUAGAAUUGGACAUGGUCUUGCAUCAUGUUCUUCAUUAAAAGAACUGUACUUAGCUGGAAACAAGAUAAGUGAGGUGGAGGGUCUACAUCGUCUCCUAAAACUGAACGUCUUGGAUCUUCGUUUCAACAAGCUGUCCACCACAAAAAGCCUGGGCCAGCUUGCAGCCAAUUACAACUCCUUACAAGCAAUCAGUCUAGAAGGCAACCCUGCUCAGAAAAACAUAGGAGAUGAACAGCUGAAGAAGUUUCUACUUGGUCUUCUUCCUCAUCUUGCUUACUUCAACAGACAAUCAAUCAAAUCUGGUACCAUGAAAGACUCGGCUGACCGAGCUGCCCGGCUUGGGAUUUCUGCUCAUCAGAUUGAGCGUGGGGUAAGGGCGGAAUCGAAAAAGUCAACACAUGGAAGGAAAAGUCAACCGGCGGCUGGUCGUGGGCGGCAUGGGCGGUUGCCGCCUAGUGGGGUGAAGGUGACGGGUGAUAGGCAGCAGUUUCAUGAUGCGAGUACGAGUCUUUUGAGCUUUAUGCCGGAUCUUGCGAUGAGAAGAGCUCAUAGUGAAGGGUUGUUGAGAGCUGUUUGAGAUUGGAGAAUAAUGGAAGUUUGAUGAUUUGAGUGUGUUUUUUUGUUUUGGAUUUGGAGUUUGGAGUUUGCAUUUGUGGUUGUUUAUUGUGAUAUGAUUGUUUUCAUUCUGUUAGUUUGGGAAAACAUUGUUGUUUUAUUUGGAUUGGAUGAUUGUUUAUUUAUUUGAUACUUCUGAUUGGAAAUCAAGCAUUGAAAAUUCUAAAUA